GCUGUUUCCUUACUCCUAGUGGCUUCAGCCCUCCCUUGGAGGCACCGCAGUGCCCUGCCUGCCCUACACACCUCUGAAACCCAUCUUUGCUGUGAUGGAGUCCAAAGACCCCCCUGGGAAAGAGAACUUGGGCACCAAGAGAAAGAACCUGGCCUUCUUGCGCCCCAGACUGUACAUGCUGGAGAGGCGGAAGACGGACACCGUGGUGGAGGGCGUCGUGCCUGGGGACCACUCUGGAGUCCUGAGGAGGAGCCAGUCGGACAGGACCGAGUACAGCCAGAAAUUACAAGAAAAGAUGAGCCCACAGGCCAAUGGCCCCACAGCUGCAAGCCCAACCCCAGAGGAAGAGCUCCAGAUGGGGCAGAUGAUGGCAAAGCGCGCAAAAAUCAUCAAGGAGCUGAUCCAGACGGAGAGGGAUUAUGCUAACGACCUGGAGCUGUGUGUGAGGGAAGUGGUUCAGCCCCUGAGAAACAAACAGAUUGAAAGGCUGGAUGUGGACUGUUUGUUUAGCAACAUGGAAUCCGUGCAUCAGGUAUCAGCCAAGCUGCUAUCCUUGUUGGAAGAGGCCACUACCAAUGUGGAACCGGACAUGCAAGUCAUAGGAGAGGUGUUCUUGCAGAUUAAAGGGCCAAUGGAAGAGAUUUAUAAAAUAUACUGCUAUCAGCACGACAAGGCACAGAGCUUGCUGGAAUCUUACGAGAAGGAGGAGGAGCUUAUGCAACACUUGGGGCCCUGCCUCCAGUCCUUGAAGAAAAUAUACAUGCAAGAGGCCCGACCCGCCCUGCUGGACAUGGGUUCGCUCCUCAUCAAGCCGGUGCAGCGCCUGCUGAAGUACCCGCUGCUGCUGUGCGCGCUGCGCCGGGCCACGCCGCCCGCGCACCCCGACCGCCGGGCGCUGGAGGAGGCCUGCGCCGCGCUGAGGGACGCCGCGGCCAGCAUCAACGAGCUGAAGCGCAGGAAGGAGCUAGUUCUCAAAUACAAGAAGAACGACGAGGACGAAUCACUCAAGGACAAAUUGUCUAAACUAAAUAUCCAUUCAAUAAGCAAGAAAUCGAAAAGAGUGACAAAUCAUCUAAAGAUUCUGACCCGAGGAGAGUCACAGGUGAAAGAUAAUACCUUUAACAAAGAAGAAAAACUAUUCAGAUCUUUAGAAAAAACUGUGAGGCAGUGUAUGAAGAACAUCUCAUUCUGUCUUCAAGACAUACAGGAUGCCCUGCCCUUUGCUCUCCAGAGGGUGACAGAGCUGCGGGAGAUGUCACAGCACCCGGACCAGGAGGAGCGGAGCUCGGCAGAGAACCCGCGGUUUGCCCCAGACCUCUGCCAUGACUUUGCGGCUCAGCUCCAGAGACGUGUCCUGAACCCGCUGUCCGCUCUGCUGUCCUUAUUCCCAGGACCACAGAAGCUUAUCCAGAAGCGCUACGACAAACUGCUGGAUUACAACAGCUACCUGCAGCGGUCCGAGAGAGCAGAGUCGGACCUGGCCAAAAAGGAGUACGAGGCCCUCAAUGCCCAGCUCGUGGAGGAGCUGCAGGCCUUCAACCAGGCGGCUCGCACCAUUCUGAUUAACGGCCUGUGCAGCUUUGGCGGCCUCCUCAGGGACCUGAUGCUCGCGGCCCAGCAGGGCUACGCCACCAUCCUGCCAGUGCCACGGUUGGUCUCAAGCCUUGGUGAGAUUCAGAAUCAAAUACUAGUAAAAGUUCAAAACCUGAACUUUGUAAAGGAGAACAGUGCCACCUUUAUUGAGAGAAAACUUAGUUUUGAAAAGAAGAAGUCCAUACAGACUCAGCCAGAAGUGCCAAGACAGACCGAGACUCACCGCUCCCAUCUUCUGUCCACGUACAGCGCGGAGGGGCUCUACCAAGCUAAGCGCAAGUGCAAUGCUACCCAGGAGCACGACAUCGAUCUCCUGGAGGGCGAGUUAGUGGCUGUGGUGGAGCAGAAGGACCCCCUGGGGAGUACAAGCAGGUGGCUGGUUGAUACGGGAAUUGUUAAAGGAUAUGUAUAUUCCUCCUUCCUGAAGCCCUACAAUCCAGCAAAAGCACAGAGGGCGGACACGGAGACCAGGCUCUGUGAUGAUGAUUUUGACGACAUCAGCUUCUUUGUGUCUUGGAGGCCAGGCAGCGACAGUGUCUCGGGCACUCCAGAAGGCAGCAUCAGUGACAGCAGCUCCUCGCUGAGUGGCACUUGUGGGAAGUGUGAAACAAAGGGCUCUGAUGUUGAUGGUUUUCAAGAGGUAGAUGAACAGAUUUUCUAUGCAGUUCACGCUUUCCAAGCACGAAGUAACUAUGAACUGAGCCUUCAGGAAUACCAGAGAGUCCAUAUUCUUAGAUUCUGUGAUCUAAGUGGCAAUAAAGAGUGGUGGCUAGCCGAAGCUCACGGGCAGAAAGGGUAUGUGCCAGCUAACUACCUUGGGAAGAUGACUUAUGCGUAAGAAAAGCCCGAGACCUUCAUUUCCUGGCAAGUCGCUGACUACCUCAUAGGACUGACAUUCGGAAACUCCCAGCCAGAAAGCAAGAAGCUUCCAAACUACAUGAAGUGAUACUGUAUCAGGUUUGAAGGAACACCAUCCUACAUAACAGGAUGAUUUCACAAAUAUAUUAUAAAUACUAAACUAAACAAACAGCAAAGCCAACACUGCAGGCUCCAACGAGAAACCACUUACAAGUGGAGAUCUUUUGAAAGGGUGAAUGUUCUUUUAUUGUCAUAAAAGGCUGGGUCUCAGAAUAAGGUUUUUCAAUUUACUAUAAAAUUUUUUUCUUACUAUAUUGUCUUUGUUUUUCACUUGUACAUAAACAUGUUUAUAUAUACACACAUAAUGGAGUGUAUACUUUGUAUCACAUAGAUCAUAUACAUACAUCUGUGUACCAGAGCAUCUACUAAAUAUACAUACAAAUAGGAAUUAACAGUCCACUAGAAGUCUUUGAUGUGGACCUUCUUUAAUAUAAGCUAUGAAGCAAAGGAAAAAAACUGAGUAACAUGACACUGUCUGACUGAAUGCACAUUGCAUGACAGACCCUGCUUUAAACGCUUUAUAUGUAAUUAGUCACAUAUUUAAUGCAACCCACAGCCCAAAGAGGUGGAGUAACUUCGCCCAAGUCACACUGCUAGUAAGUGGUAGGGCUGGGAAGUAAGCCUGCGUGUUGUUUCCCGGGGCCACGAUCCUAGCCAGGGCCCUGUGCUCGCCCAGGCCUGCACAUGUGUUACCUGCAAAGCACUUACGUGCGGAUCAGGAGCUGAGGAGGACCAUUCAUUUUUCUCUCGUGCUCAUCUUUAAGUACUUAGAAGUUUUUCAAAAUUAAAAGCUAUAAGGACUUCCAUUUUAGCCUAGAAAAAACCCAAAUAUUUGUUUAGUGUUUCUAGUUUUAUUGUUUUGCUUAACCAUUUUGAAAAAAUUAUUUAAAAACUGUGUUACAUGGUUGCUAAUGACACUUUAAUGAGGAAAUAUUUUUGGAUCCCUCCAUCACUGGGAUGAUGAAUGGGGAGUGUGUGUUCUGUAUUCAGAGCCAAGGUGUAAAUAUUUCCGGCUGCUGAUUUGGACCUAGGCAAGGCAGGCCUUUGGGAUAACAUCUGCUGUCACACGAUGUCCUGGGGCACUGACCUUUGAUUUUAGGCAUAUUUUCUCACAACACUUUAUUGAACUAAAAAUGGUUUUCUGCCACAGAAAAGAUUAAAUUAAAGUUGACUGCAGUGGUUUCUUUUCAAAAUCAAAUUAAGGUGGACUUUCAUUAUCCACAUAAUAGGCUAAUAUGGAAUUAAAUUUUAAAUUUGUCACUCUAUUUGAUCCUAUAAUGUAUAAUGUUUUAUAUAUAUAUAUAUAUAUAUAUAUAUUACUGAGGAACACAUACACAAAAUGAGUGCUAGGGGUUGAAGGGAGGGCAGGGGAAUAGGGAAAAAAUAAGAACCAAGAUAGAUUAUGUGAAGGUACAAAUUUCCAGUGAUGAAUGUCAUUAUAUUGUAUACGUAAAUAGUACCAAUAAAAUUAAUUGAAAAAGGAGUGCUACUUUUCAGAGGGUAGCUCACUUCACACACACACACACACACACACACACACACACACGACAUAUACAACCACAGAAAUUCAGAAGAUAUUUACAUGACAGAAAACUUUGAACUUUAUGAUAUUGUUCUAAGAUCAUUAAUCCAAAAAUAGCUUUAUAAAAUUUUACUGUUGUAUAAAAAAGAAUUGAGAUGUGCUAUGCACAUGUACUAACUCCCCACGAGGAAUGUAAUCGUGUGGUGCAAACGUACUGAUAAAAAGAAAAAACUGGAGGAAAAAUUUUUUUUAAAUCUAAGUUAUUUUUGCAUGAAGCAUUUUCCUGCUUUAAGUUGGGCACUAAAAGAGGAUUCUUUCUUGUUUUUAGAUAGACUUUUAUGUCUUUUAACUAUCCUUUGUACUCAGAUUGAAAAUUUAAGCACCAGUUUGCCCAGGGUAAAGCAAAAAGAAAUCUAAACUUGCUACUUGUGGAAAAUAUGACCAUGCUCAAAGAUCAAAAUAACAGAAUAUAUAUGCCACAGUACUUCCCACAAAAGUGGAGAAUUAUACAAAUAGCAUGGCCCUGCUUUUUAGGCUGACAUGACCGGAGUACCUAGGCUUCACCACUGGGGAGGCCCUAGGAUGGACACCUCCAGUCUGGACUUUGAAGGGCCCACUCCACCAGAGUCACAGCUGCAGUCGCUGCUGAGCAAGACUGUAAUGAAGCCGCUGACUGCCCUUCCGCACUGUGGUGAACAUUCGUGACUGCGUAGGCUUUGCAUAAUACGGGAGCUUCACUUUCUAGAUAUUUUGCUUAAAAGUUGAAAUUAUAAUUUUGAAGAUUGAUAUUAUUUUAUUGGGUCCAAGGGAAAUAAACUUCCCAGACAGUUGUGAGAUGUAUAAACCUUUAAGAAUUUUAAUAGACAGAACUGUUGGUGGCAUCAGCAUAAUUAAGGGAAGGGAUGCUAAUUUCUUUAUGUUCCUUUAAAAAUACUUAGAGUAGGAUCUUCUGAAGUAUUUUGUUUUUAACCAAGAAUGAAGGAGAAAUUAUGUAGCUAUUUUAUUUUUAAAAGAAAUAAGCAUAUGUAUACAUUUUAUUUAGCCUUACUCUUUGAUUCUCUAAGCUAAUAGUAUAUUUAAUAAAGUUUAGAAGGUAUAAAAAUUAAUGCAGUUAUUCAAAAUUACCAUGGGUGCUGAAGUCAUAUGAAAAAGGCACAAAGCCAUUACUGAACAUUCCGUACAUUUCAGAAAAAUACCAUGAAUGUGAAGGUUGAGCACUGCAACAAGAUAUAAUGAACGUUUUUAAUCAGAGCAGUGAAGCCCUGUGUGAUGUAUGUUAAGUGCUGGAAUAGUCCAUGUCAAUCAAAAAUGUAACUUGGACUUUUAGAGAUAUUUAUUUGAUGAAUGUAGCUUGUGUGAUUUACAAAAAAUAACAGUAUUAAAACAUGGAAUUUAAAACUUCAUUUUUCCCAUUAACUUCUUGGAUCUUUGUCCAUUGCAAAAACUCUCAAAGCCAUAUGAAUAAAACAAGAAAAGCUUUAUAUUCUAAUGUUAUUUAAACCCCCAAUCUUACUUAAAUCCUAUUUAUAAUAACUACAGUUCCUAGUGUACUUAUGGUAUUGCUAAAUGUGGAAAAUAUCUAAAAAUCAAGCUAAAUAAGACAUAAAUGUGUAUUACAGUGGAGAAGGAAGUAAUUUCACUGACAAGAAGAACACUGGACUUUAGGAAAAGAUCAUUAUUUAGAGAAUGCUACUGUUUAUUAAAAGUAAUUUUUUACACUAGCUAUAGAUAUAGGCAAAAUUUGUUCUAUUUUUUCAGAAAAAUAAGACAUACUUU